UCUAGAUCUAGUAGCUAGACCACACUAAAGAACUACUAAAACUAGGACAACAAACCUUUAUUUGAGUGUUUGCAAAUUUGUAACAAUCACCUGAAGAUUAUGAAUCCACUUCAAGAAGGCAGCUCAGCCUUGCUAGACACAAUGACAUCAUUAGGAUUAAUGUCUGAGUCUUCAGUCUACUCACAAUCAAACACACGAGAAUUGAAAAUAGAAACUGAUAUCUCUGUGACAAGCACACCUAGUGCAAGUCCAUCUCCAAGUCCAUUUCCCAGUCCCACUAUAAAUGGCAGUCACAGAGAAAUAUUCCAUUCUGCUUCAGCUGAAAAACAAGCAUCAUCACCAAAGUCUAGUAGAGGCAGUACACCAGAAAAACGAUCAUCAUCUGAAAGAGAAAAGUCUUCAGACAGAGAGAAGACACCAGAAAAUAUGGGGAGUAAGAAAGAUAGUCCUGCUAUGGAAAAACCUACAACAACAAAUUUAGCAGGAACAUCUCAGGAUAAAAAGCGCAAGUUAGAAAUCACUGAAGAUGAGAUGAAACAGGUUGUAAAAAAACAUCAAAAGCAAGAAGAAGAAAGAAUGAAAAUGCAGGUUCUGGUAUUCAACUUCUCUGAAGAGCAAUUAAAUAGGUAUGAAAUGUAUAGAAGAGCAACUUUUCCAAAAGCCGCAAUAAAAAGAUUAAUGCAAAACAUAACAGGGACCAGUGUAUCACAGAAUGUUGUUAUUGCUAUGUCUGGAAUUUCAAAAGUUUUUGUUGGAGAAUUUAUUGAAACUGCUCUUGAUGUGUUGGAAAAGUGGGGAGAAUCUGGUCCAUUACAGCCUAGACAUUUAAAAACUAGACAUUGUUAA